UUGAGAGUGCGGUGGAGACUAGACCAAUAUUCGUUAUUAAAAACAAAGAAUUUACAGUUUCAAAUUUGGUAAAGGACAUCUUUGUAUAUUAUACUACACGAUCGUACAUGACAUACUUGUUAUAACAUCAGAGACUGACAUUGUAGUCGGUCAGUAUUCGGUGAGCUUUCGAGAUGGCACAACGACAAUCGCAGUUAGACUGACAUAUCUCUGAUUUUAACGGAUGGUGGCAAUAGUUGUAAUUAAUUGACUGUAAUUAUUACGAAUCUAUUGCAAUUUAAUCAGCAUACAAAAUACGUAAAAACUGAAUGUCGACAUGGGAGUUCAAAACUUUUUAAAUUUUGCUGGUCUAAUGCUGACCCUCAACACCGAUAAUAAUAGGGAAAUUCGUCGUUUGCCCAACAACACGAUACCAAUUCAUUAUAACAUCAACCUGACAUCGCAUCUCGAAGAAGGCAAUUUUAGUUUUUACGGUGAAUCCAAUGUCAAUAUCGAGAUUCGUCAUGCAUCAUCAUAUAUAAGUUUACACUCGAGAGAUUUAGAAAUAAAUGAAGCGGCGACAACGUUGAUUAAUGAUAAAGGAACAUCUUAUAAACCGAUAGAACAUACUCAUGACAACAGAACAGAUAUUAUAACACUUACUUUUGACAAUGCAUUAUUGCCCGGAAUUUACAUUGUGAACAUGAAAUUUGUUGGUAAGCUAAUAUCUGAGAUUCAUUCUAAGCUGGUAGCAACUAGUUUCAUGAAAAUUCCAUACACCGGCAAAGAAGGAAAUAGCAAACAUUCUAGAUGGUUGGCUACGAGUUUCCGAGCGAGAGGAGCCAGACGAACGUUUCCGUGUUGGGACGAGCCAGCGUUAAAAGCCACAUUCGACAUUUCCAUAACGCAUCAUCAGAAAUACAAAGUAUUGUCAAAUAUGCCAAUACGACAGAUAAUCGUGGGACAAGAUAGUAUGGUGCGAACACACUUUCACACCACUCCUAUAAUGUCCACUUAUGUCGUGGCGAUUGUGAUGAUGUCGAAUUUCACCCACGUUCCCAACGAGGAUGGAACCAUCAAUAUGUGGUGCAGCUCGUUUUUAACAUCGCAAGUAAAAUUCGCUCAUAGUAUUAUCGAAAAGGUCGUACCGCACUUGAUUGAGUAUACUAAUAGUUCCAAGAAGAUACCAAAAGUGGAUCAUGUCGUGAUACAGAAUUAUCCGAUUAAUAGCAUGCAAAAUUGGGGACUUAUCAUUAACAGAGAAGACGCUAUAAUCUAUGAUAAUAAUACAGAUCCAUUAUAUUAUGGAACAAAAAUAGCGUCGUUAAUAGCACAUGAACUUGCGCAUGAAUGGUUUGACAAUUUAGUUAGUCCAUCUUGGUGGGCUUACGCGUGGUUAAACGAGGGACUUGCUGACUUCCUCGGAAUGCAUAUCCUCAAUAAGAAUUUCGAAAAUUGGCGGAUGAUAGAUUUCUUUGUUGUUCAGAAUUUACAUGAUAGUUUAGCUGCAGAUAUUGAUCAUCAAUUAAAGUCUGUUACAAAAACAAUGACUGCUGAUUACAUCAUUGAACCUGAAAGUCUCGUUUCUAGUAUAUUCUAUAAAGAUUCUAGUGUACUUUAUGAUAAAGUGACAGCUUUAUUGCGCAUGUUACAUCGUGCAAUUACCGACGAGAUAUUUCAAAAAGGUGUCAUCACGUAUUUGGCCACGCAUCAAUUUAGCUCGGCCAUUCCGGACGAUUUGUGGAACGCUAUUCAAAGUGCUCUAGACAAAUCUGAUGUCCCGCACGAAGGUUAUAGAAUAAAGGAAGUGAUGAAUUCGUGGAUGGACCAAAACGGUUAUCCUGUGGUGAAGGUGGUGAGAAAUUACACAACUGGUAAAGUGACAAUAUCACAAACAUGUUCCUGGGACUAUGUUAGCGAUGACAAUAAUAAAUGGUGGAUACCCGUGACUUUCGCAACACAAUCCAAUCCCGAUUUCUCUAAUACUGUGCCCAGUUUUUGGUUAAGACCAGACCAAAAUAUAAGCUUUACGAUUGAUCCAAAUGAUUGGAUUAUUCUCAAUUUGCAACAAACUGGAUACUAUCGUGUCAAAUAUGAUUCCAUGAAUUGGUAUAAUAUUAUACAAUACUUAAAUUCUGACGACUACACGAAUAUACACGUUCUUAAUCGUGCGCAAAUCAUCGAUGACGCAUUUUUCUUAUUUUGGAAGCACCAAAUGGAUGGAUCCGACUUUAUCGAUCUUAUAAGUUAUCUAUCGCGAGAGACAGAUUAUGUGGCAUGGUAUCCAAUGUUCCGAGUUUUAAAACGGAUAAAGGGCUAUCUAUUACUGCCUAGUGGCAAAAAUAACAAGUUACGCAUAAUUGAUCUCUUUGACAAACUUCUUCAGAACAUGGGAUACGAUGAAAAUUUGUAUGAUAACAAUAUUACAACAGAAAUGAAGCAAGAGGCCAUGAAAUGGGCAUGCACCCUCGGUCAUAAGGGAUGCAUAGAAGUGGCUGCUGUUAAAUUGAGCAAACAUAUCGAGCACCCUGAUACUUACAAAAUUCUACCAUGGUGGCAAGAAUCCAUGUAUUGCCUUGGAAUGAUAGGAGCCAAUGAGACUACUUGGAGCAAAAUGUUAGAAUUAUAUCAAAAGAAAUCUGAUAAAAUGAUAUUAAGAGGUUUGAGUUGCGCUGCAAGUCGUCGUGUUAUUAUCAAAUUUUUAACUGUUACAACUUUAAACUACUUGAACACUACAUUAUUUAAUGAUACAGAGCAAAUAUUUAUCUUCCGUUCUAUUGUUGAAAAUCAUGCGCACAGAAAUUCGAUCCUUGAUUACAUAUUAAAAAAUUUUAAUAUCAUAAAACCCAGAUUAAUUACUGUAACCAAAGCAAUAAGGCUUAUUCUUCAGAAUGUUGUAACUGUCACACAAAUUAAUAAGGUAAAAAAUUUCUCAGAGGCUAAUAUAAAUAAAGAUCCAGAUGUUUUGUCUGAAAUUCGAGAAUGGGUAAAAACGUAUAGAAGAAUUACUGAGGAUAACAUAAACUUUUAUACAAGCCGAUUUAGAAAAUAAAAUUUAGUCUAAGUGACGAUCUUAUCAACCAUUAGACGAAAUGUAAUGCAAAAUAUACAUUUAUCUAUUAUACAUGAUUUUUUAAAGAUAUUUUUAUUGUAUUUAUUAUAUUAUA